UCUGACAAAGCACCUUCUUUCUGGAGCUACUCAAGCAGAGAAUUGCUUUAAUUCUUGAACAUGGCUGAUUUUGGCGAGAUCCUGAGGACCAUUGGAGACUUUGGAUUAUUCCAGAAGCUCAUACUAUUUGGACUAUGCUUCCCGAAUCUUGUCCUGCCUUUCCACCUGGCCAGUUUGAUUUUCAUCCAGUCAGACCCUGAGCGCCACUGUAACACUGACUGGAUACUUAGAGCUGGUUCCAAUCUGAGCAGUGAGGAACAGCUGAAUCUGACCGUGCCCCGGCAGGAGGAUGGAACCUUCAGUAGGUGCCUGAUGUUUACCCCUGUAGACUGGGACAUUGACACCAUCAGGGAGCAUGGACUCAAUCAGACCACUGACUGCCAGAAUGGAUGGGUGUAUAACAAUAUAGUGUAUGAAGCCACCAUAGUCACUGAUUUUGAUCUUGUCUGUGGCAAAGCUAACGUUAUCGGACUUGCACAAACUGUGUUCAUGGCUGGCAUUCUUCUUGGUUCACUCUUGUUUGGACCUUUUGCUGAAUCAUUUGGUCGCCAACGAGCAACUCAGAUACCCAUAGUUACUAUGCUCAUUUUUACUGUAACGACAGGCUUGUCUCCAAACUUUUAUUUGUAUAUGGCAUCCCAGUUUUUAGUAGGGGUCGCAUAUGGUGGAUUUCGAAUCAACUGCAUUGUAUUAGCAACUGAAUGGGUCGGAGUGACAAAACGUUCUUAUGCAUCUUGUUUGAGUCAGAUGUUCGGUGGAGUUGGCCAGUGCAUUCUUGCUGGCCUGAUCUUCUUCAUCCGAGACUGGAGACUUGCUCAGUUUGUCAUGGUUGCACCAAUAGCAGUGGUCGCCGUAUACAUAUGGUUUAUUCCUGAAUCAGCCAGGUGGUUAUUGGAUCAGGGGAAAACAGAGGAAGCUAAGAAGUUGAUACUCAGGGUAGCAGCCAUCAACAAACGCACAGUUCCAGACACUAUUCUAGAGAAGAUAGCUGAGAAGAAAGUUGUUCGGAAGGGAGGCAUACUCAUUCUCAUCAGAUCUCAUGUACUUAGGAAAUACUUCUUAACAAUUACUCUUGCAUGGAUCUCGUUAAACCUCUCCUACUACUGUCUGUCCUUCAACGUUGGGAACUUUGGCCUGGACAUCUUCUUGACACAGCUCAUGUUCGGACUCACAGAGAUACCAGGUCAUAUACUCUGCAUCUUUAUACUUGAAUAUUUGGGGAGGAAGAUAUCCUUAAUGUCCACCCUUCUGACUGGCGGAUUCACAUGCUUCCUAAUCCUGGCUGUUCCACAAGACAACGCCGUUGCUAUUACUGCUCUUGCUACUGCUGGGCGGUUUUUCAUGAACAAUGCUGGAUCCAUAUGCAACGUCUAUGUUCAGGAGCUGUUUCCCACCUCUGUUAGACAGACGGCCACAGGCUUAGGCUCAAUAGCGAUCAGAAUUGCUGGAAUGCUGUCUCCAAUGCUCAACAUAUUGGCCACAUACCAUUGGUCUAUCCCCACUAUUGUGUUCAGCAGCCUGUCAUUGGUUGGUGGGGCUCUGGUCUUUCUGCUUCCUGAGACCAGGAGGACAGAACUACCUGACUCUACAGAUGAGGCCGAGGGGAAGAGAAAUGUGACUAUCGCCAUGAAGAUAGAAAAAGGCUGCAAAGUGGAUGAUUAUGACUAUGAAAAAUCUACCAAACUAUAAAGUCAUGUUUAUGUUAGUCUUUUUUCUGUGUAAAUUUAUUUCGAAGGAUUAGUUAGUAAGACAGUUGGCUGGUGCAUGGUUGUUGUAACACCAAGGUUGUGAAUUUGAUUCCUGGAUGGGCCACAUAACUUGCUGUUUUUAACUUUGGCUAAGAUAAUUUUUUUGAAUUACUUUACUCUUUUUGUAACUCUUAUUACUGGCUAAAUGGAUCAAAAACGUACAAUAAAGUUUCUACUAAAUCAA